AUGGACUAUGAAAAUCAAAUUAUUUUAAAUUCUGAAAUUAAAAUAAAAAAUAAAAAGGAGGAAAAUGGGAUAAUAUAUGAAGAGGUAGAUAAAGUAGAGGGUGAAGCAAAUUAUGAUCUUCUAAUAAAUUGGCCCCAAAAAAAAUUCGGAAAAAUUGUAAAUACAACUGCGCAUCAAAAGUCAAUAAAUGGAAAUAAAAAUUGUUUAGAACUUGAGAAAAAAACAAAUAAUAAUAAUAAUAUAACAAAUGAUCCAUCAUUUGACAUAAGUGUUUAUAUUAUAAAUAAAAGUAUAAGAAAUGUUAAGAAAUGUAUAAACAAUCUUAAAAAAAUAAUUAAUAAUUAUUAUGAAUCAGAAUGUGAAAACUUAUAUAAUGAUUUAAAAAGUGAAUGUAGCAGCAUCGUUAAAACAAUGAGUAACUUUGGAGACGUAGAAAUUUCCGACGAAAAAAGUAAUGGUGAAAACAGCUGUUCAGAAAAUAUAGACAAAACAAAUAUUGAGGUAUUAAUUCAAGCCGUAAUUAAUAAAAAAAAAGAAGAAAAAAAAUUUACAACAUUAGACAUUAUUGAUGAAUGCUUAUCUAUAGGAAAAAUUUAUAAUAAAAGAAAUAAAAUCAAUGAUAUAAUUAAUAAUAGUAUAAAUACUGUAACAGAUCAACAAAAUUUAUUAUAUUCCCAACAUUCUGGAAAUAUAAAUUCUAAAUUUUGUAAUAUAGAGAACAUGACAAUUUUAAAUAACAAAACGGAUAUUAACAAUUCGUUAAAUAUAAAUGAACUAGAUUUUCAAAAAUGUGUAGAAGAUAUUUCAAUGUCAUCAAAUGUUAUGCCGAUUUUGUAUAAAGACAAAAUUAAUAAUAAUUCUCUAAAUAAGCUCGGGGGAAAAUAUAAAUAUAUUAUCCCCGAUUCGUGUAACCCUAUAAAUUAUAAUUUAUCAAAAAACAAAAACGAUUUAAAUAUUGAAAAAAAUACAUCGAUUUUACCCGAAUAUUUAUACACAAGCGAAAAAACUGAAGGUAAUAAUGAAUCAACAAAUAAACAUUUGAAUUUAAAAAAGUCGGAAAUAUGUGAAAAUUAUAAAAUUACGGAUUACCUGGAAAAAAUUAAGGGAUUUAUAAAAAUUGGAAAAGGAGAUCUAUCAUAUGAUAAUACAGGAAUUUUUUUAAAAAGAAAAAAAAAACUAACAGCUUUAUUAAGGCCUAAAAAAAGGAUUAGUUAUUUUGUAUUACACAUGCUAUUAUUUUUUUCCUAUGCUAUUUUGGGAUUUUCAUUUAUAUUUAUAAAGCGGAUUAUUUAUAAAAUAUUUUUCGAUCAAGAUUUGUGA